AUGAAAUAUGCCGGACGACAUAACCUUGGGUAAGUUACUUAAUUAAAAUGUCAAAGUAUUAACUUGGCAAUAUUUUGAAGAAUGGGCUCAAUGUCCAAGAUCGUGGCACUACCAGCCUCAAAAAACGGCAAAACAUAGGUCAACUGGCUGGUUUUGGUUGUAGAUUGUGAUACUAUAUGUGACUGCAGUUUAGAAAUUCAACACGCGUAUGUAAUUAACGGGAUUAGUGCAAGAUUAGUGUAUCAUUGCGCUAAUUAUUCUGAGUUGAAGUUACGCCAAACGGCGAAACAAAAACCACAAUGACACAAGUAUCAUUACUGUUAUUCGUGUCUAGUUUUCCCUUUCUUUCAAGCGCUUUUGUGUGCUCGAAGUCGCCAAGCAACCAGGACGAAGUGCUUCAAAUCCAUCUUGUUCCGCACACUCAUGACGAUGUCGGUUGGCUCAAAACUGUUGAUCAAUAUUAUUACGGCGCUAAUAACAGCAUUCAAAUAGCAGGCGUUCAAUACAUCCUUGAUUCAGUGAUCCCAGCAUUAGAAGCAAACCCUGUGAGGCAUUUUAUCUACGUUGAAAUUGCGUUCUUUAAAAGAUGGUGGCAACAACAGACCCCGACUAUGCAGGCCAGAGUGAAAGCACUUGUCCACAGAGGACAAUUGGAAUUUAUUAAUGGUGGAUGGUGCAUGAACGAUGAAGCGACAACUCAUUAUAACGCUAUCAUAGAUCAAAUGACCCUCGGGUUACAAUUCAUCGAUAAAAAUUUUGGCUCAAAAGCUCGGCCAAGAGUCGCAUGGCAUAUAGAUCCGUUUGGACACUCGGCAGAACAAGCUUCUCUCUUUGCGCAAAUGUCUUUCGAAGGGUUUUUCUUUGCGCGAAUUCACUACGAAGAUAUGCAAAAGCGCACUGACGAAAAACGCAUGGAACUAAAAUGGCGUGGUAGCCAGAGCCUUGGGGAGGCCUCGGAGAUAUUCACUGGGGUAUUAUACGAUUUUUACAACCCUCCCAAAGGGUUCUGUUUUGAUAAUUUGUCUUGCAAAGAUCCACCAAUUCAGGAUGAUCCUAGAUUAUUUGGCGACAAUGUUAAGCAGCGUGUCGACUUGUUCGUUAAAGAAGCAUGCGAGCAAGCGUCGCAUUAUAAGUCUGGUCAUAUUAUGCUCACCAUGGGAAGUGAUUUUACGUAUCAAAACGCUAAUCCAUGGUUUAAGAACCUGGACAAACUAAUCACGCAUGUCAAUAAGGUAUUUACCUUCUUAGGUUACACUUUGGAAAUAGGGGGGGGUGAUAGCCUUUGGUCCCUGUGAUAUGUCGUUUCCCUGUCACAUGUGAGAAAAGUGCUUUCCAAUUUGAGUCUACCAAAAACCGAAGACUUUCUCCGGCUAACAGCCUAACACUGAACCUUAUUGGACCUCUAGAGUGAACAGUUUAGACAUAAAGUUUUCUUCACGUUCCCAGCUGUAGAAAUGGACGACCCUGACUGGACUUCUGGGGAGAACAGUUUAGAAUUGAUAAAGUUAACCUGUAUAAAUGUAGUUACAGCUGCGGUGCGAGAUACACUACCUAAAAAAUAGAAAUGACAAACCGACCAUUCAAAGAUUUUUGUUGUUUAGGACGGUAGGGUGAAUGCAUUUUACUCCACACCAUCAAAAUAUCUUGAUGCAGUAAAAGGAAUGGAGGUGGAGUUAAAGACAGACGAUUUCUUUCCUUAUGCAGACUGUCCUGGUUGUUAUUGGACGGGUUUUUACACCAGCAGACCUGCACUGAAAGGCUAUGUGAGAAGAAAUAAUAAUUUACUACAGGUAGUGGUCAAAUGUUGUCCUUCAUCAUCACUACUACCAUUAGCAUAAUCAUCACUAUCAUCACCAUAUAAUCACCUCUAUGAUCAAUACCACCAUCAUGUAAUCACCAUUAUCAUCAAUAACACCAUAAUCAUCAUCUCCAUCAUAUAAUCACCACUGUGAUCUAUACCACCAUUACUAUAACACCACAAUCAUCAUCCACAUCAUUAUCAUCACCACCAUCAUCCCAACCACCAUCUCUAUCACCAUCAUCAUCAACAGAAUCACCAACUCACCAUCACUUUCACCAUCAUCGUUAUAAUUUCCAUCAUACUAGGUAUGUAAACAACUUGAAGUUCUGGGCAAACUUGGAGAGUCUGAUCCCAGUUCAGAAACAUUACGAGAUGCCAUGGGUGUAGCACAACAUCAUGAUGCAGUGAGUGGCACUGAAAAACAACAUGUUGCAUUUGAUUAUGCCAAACGUCUGGCAAUUGGAGCUCAACAAUGUAAGGUAGGGAAUCUCAGCUAUUAUUACGUAUCUUAAUUAUACCGCUUUCUAGUGCUUAAUGAAGCUUUAUUUAAGUAUGUUUGAGAUAAUGCAGCACUUUUCUUGAAUGCGUGUAACUCUAAAGUGAUCAGAUGUUAUACAGAACUCAUAUGUGAGUAAAACGCGAUUAGAUUAUGCAGAAUGCUUAGAUUUUCAACAAUAUUUUGUAUGCCAUAUUUCAGAUGGUGAUCAACUCCGCUCUGAACAAAGUCAGUCAACGACAACAUGUCGACGCUAAUAUCCAAUAUACAUUCUGUGACCACCUCAAUAUCAGUAUAUGCCCUGCUUCAGAGGUCACUGAAUCAUUUACUAUCACCGUAUACAACCCCAUUGCUCGAAAUAUCGAUACCAACAUCCGAAUCCCAGUGUCAAGUCUGUCGGUCAGAGUACUUGGACCAAAUGGUACACAGGUUUCGUAUACUGUGCUACCAGUGACCAAUGUCACCAAAUAUGUCCGUGGUAAGCGUGGAAACGCCCCAUAUGAGCUGGUCUUCCCAGCUAGCGAUCUUCCUCCUCUUGGUCUAGCUAUGUAUGAAGUAAAAUUUGGUCCUAAUUUUCCUAAAAUGUCAGGCUAUAAAACACCUGUCCUUAAACAAAGGAAACGCGACGAUGUUGAUGUUUUCGGUCACAAUGUUCACAAGAGGUCAGGAUUUAACAAACUAGAGCUUUCUCCAAACAGUAAUUAUUCUAUCGAGAAUCAGUAUCUGCGAUUGACAUUUUCUACUGACACUGGGCGUCUGGUUGAAGUCGAAAAUUUGAAAUCCAAAAUAACGCUAUCAAUUGACCAGCAAUUUUACUGGUACGAGGCUAAUGGUUCGGGGGCUUAUAUAUUUGACCCAAAAUUAAAUAAACCGAGCGACGUGAGUCUUGGGAACAAGGCAAAGAUAAGCAUUUUUCAAAGCAAGGAUUUACAAGAAGUGCAUCAAGUUUUUACGCCUUGGGUGAGUCAGACUGUUAGAUUAUAUUCAAACAAACCGUACGCUGAAUUUGAAUAUACUGUUGGACCAAUUAAAAAAGCUCCGUCCCCUCGUGUUGGAAAAGAAGUGAUUUCGAGGUUUGAUACAAGUUUGAAGACGAAUGGUGUUUUCUACACAGAUGCCAAUGGACGAGAAAUGCAGAUAAGGAAACGAAAUUAUCGACCGACAUGGACAUAUCAAAGUGAGUAGAUCUUGGUAUAUAAUGUGGUUAGUUAGGUUCAAGUUAGGAUGAGGCAACAUCGUUCCUCUUGAGGUUAGAUUUUAGGUUAAGGAAAAGUUAAGGUUUGGUUAACCAAGCCUCUUCGUUCCAGGCCAUUCCUCUGGCUUAGGGGUUGACAGUUAACCCAUCACCACAGCUAACAUUUUCCCAUAUCUUUUUCAUUAGAUACAGAACCUGUUGCAGGGAACUAUUACCCGGUCAACAGUCGAGCUUACAUCAAAGAUGAGUCUGGUGUUCAACUGACCAUAAUGACAGACCGCUCAUUAGGAGGCUCGAGUAUAAAAGAUGGUUCCUUGGAGUUCAUGGUACAUCGUAGGUUACUCCACGAUGAUGGAAGAGGUGUUAAUGAAGCCUUGAAUGAACCAGGAAUUAACGGACGAGGUCUUAUUGUCCGAGGGAAACUUUUACUUCUAGUUGAAGAAGCAAAAUCGUCGGCAAAAUUACAUCGCGCUGUUGGCGAGGAAGAAAUGUUACGUCCUUCGCUAGCUUUCUCAGCAGGUAGUAAUGACCAAGCUAGUUACCAAGCCUUGAAUCGGUCAUUACCAGCAAAUGUUCAUCUGUUAACAUUAGAAAGUUUCGACAAGUCUGUGUUGCUACGUCUAGAACAUCAGUUUGCUGUGGGUGAAGAUGUUGAACUUUCAAAAGCUGUCACAGUUCAAUUGAAAGGUUUGUUUCAAGAUUUCACCAUCUUGGCCGUCACUGAACUCAACCUCAGUGCAAACCUGGUGAAGAGUCAGCGCCAACAUACAGUGGAAUGGAAACGAGCUAAGCGACGAAACAAAAUUCUGGUCCCGACCGAUGAUUUUGAGAUUACAUUGAAGCCGAUGGAAAUUAGAACAUUUAAACUUGACAUUGAAUGGAAUUGA